AUGAAGACCAGCAUCCUGCUCAUGCUCCUUGGGGGGUUGACCUGUGCUCUCCCUGUAACCAGGUAUCAAAAUGAUGAAUCUGAAAGUUCUAAAGAAUGGAAGGGUCAUUUGGCUCAAGUGUCAACACCAGCCUUGGAGAGCAGUGAGUCAUCAGAAGGAAGUCCAAUUAGCUCGGAGGAACAGGCAAAUGGAGACCCCAGUGACAGUGCUGAGUCAGAGGAGGACCCUGCCUCUGAUGAUCGUCACUAUGUCCACAGACCAGCCGGUGGCCUCUCUAGGAGUGCAGGAAAAGAAGGAGAUGAGAAAGAUGAUGAUGAAGAUGACAGUGGAGAUGACACCUUUGGGGACGACGACAAUGGCCCCAGGCCGGAAGAGAGACAAGAAAGAGGAAACUCCAGACUGGGAAGUGAUGAGGAUUCUGCUGACACCACCCGAUCCAGGGAAGAGGGAACCCCACAAGGGGACGACAGCACCCAAGAUGCCACCAGUGAGAGCAGGGACCUUGACAAGGAGGUGGACAGCAGGGGCGAGGGAGGUGACUCCACUGACAACAGCGAGAGUGAGGAGCACUGGGGGGGAGGCGGCAGUGACGGGGAGAGCAGCCACGGGGACGGCUCCGAGUUUGGUGACGAAGGCAUGCAGAGCGAUGACCCAGACGGCAGCAGGAGUGAGAGAGAAAGCUCCAGAAUGCACAGCGCUGGGGUCGCUUCCAGAGAAUCCAGAAGGAGCAGCGAGCGGACGAGCGCUCAGCACUCAGGCGUCAGCCCGUCGGGGGCCCAGCCCAGCAGGACAACGUUCAGAAAGUCCCACCUUUCUGAGGAAGACGACAGAGGCGAGCUUGACGGUGGCCACGCGAUGGAAGAAGCCCAGAGUGACUCCACAGAGAACGCGGGCUCCAAAGAACUGGCCCCCAGACAUUCCGGGGGGGACGGCGAGUACGACUCCCAGGAAGACAGGGAGGACAACCAGUCGCAGGAGGACAGUCACAGGUCACCAGAGCCCAGCAGCAGCAGCAGCGAGUCCAGCCAGGAGGCUGAGCCGCCAUCCGACGAGAACAGCAGUGAGUCCCAGGAACAGGCAGCCACCGAGUCCAGGGGAGACAACCCCGAUGACGCCGUGAGUCACACAGAGGAGCCUGGCGACAGUGACUCCAGCGACUCUAGCGAGGAGGGCGGCGCCACGACACCCUCCAGCUCCGAAAGCGAGUCCAGCGAGAGCCGGGCCUCCUCCGAGGAAAGCCCGGAGUCCACGGGGGACGAGGACAGCUCCAGCCAGGGCGACGAGGACAGCCGGUCUGCGGAGGGGCAGGACAGCGACUCUCGGGACAGCAGCAGAUCCAGGGACGACAGCGACUCCACCGAGAGCAGGUCAAGCAGCGAGGAGGACGGCCAGGCGAAAACCCCGGAGACAGAAAGCAGAAAGUUAACGGUGGACGCUUAUCACAACAAGCCCAUUGGGGACCAAGAUGACAACGACUGCCAAGACGGCUAUUAGCAUCAGCUUUUCCGGGAAGUGGCUCUCACAUCAGGGAGUCUCGGGGGGACUUGA